AUGCUUCUCGUUAUAAAGACUAGUUUGAUGCAAAUACCACCUAUCACAAGCGAAGUCCUUAACAACUUUACAGACUGGGAGACAUUAGCAAAAAAAAAGAAAAUCAGUAAAGCGAUGAGAGCGUACCUAGAACGAGCUAAAGAACAUGAUGACUUCAUGAGAAAACAGCAACUUGAAUUUAAUAUCGGUAAAAGGCAUCUUGCCAAUAUGAUGGGCGAAGAUCCAGAGACUUUUACUCAAAAAGAUGUCGAUCGUGCAAUCGAAUAUUUGUUUCCUAGUGGUAUCUAUGACCCAGCUGCACGGCCACUUAUGAAACCACCGGAAGAAGUAUUUCCAGCUAGAAAAGCCGCUGAAUUUGAUGAAGCAGGUCAAUCUGGAGCUAUAAGAUGGGGAAUAGCAUGGGGGCUUCGUAGUUUUGUGGACAAACCAAUGUUAGAGGCAAUGCAGGUAGCUGGUUUGUUAACACGAGAUCAUAGAAGACGUGAACGUAAGAAGCCAGGUCAACCUGGUGCCAGGAAGAAGCCAACUUGGAAGAGAAGA